AUGCAGAAAGACACAGAACAAACCAAAUAUGUUGCACUUACACAUAGAUGGGCUUCUCAGCCGACAGUUACACUUACCUCGAGGAAUGUCGACCAUCUCCAGCGAAAGAUUACGCUGGAGGAACUCCCUAGGACUUUUAAAGACGCAGUACAAUUUACAAGAAGCUUAGGAAUGAGAUAUCUGUGGAUCGACUCUCUGUGCAUACAGCAAGAUUGCGAAGAUGAUUGGCGAAAAGAGUCCGCAGUUAUGGGCAAGGUGUACGGGCAAUCGUUCUGCAAUAUUGCCGCAACAGCUGCAGCCAACGGUGAAGAAGGGCUCUUUGUUGACAGAGACAUUCUAUCACAUGCUCCCUUUAAAAUAGACUUGAGAUGGAGGGGACAUCAAAGAACAUACUACUGCCUCUAUAGCGAUUUAUGGCAUUUGGGAGUAACUUCAACGCCACUGAAUCACCGUGGAUGGGUCCUUCAAGAGCGCCUUCUCAGUCCCCGCACUCUAUCGUUUACUAAUACCCAGUUGUUCUGGGAAUGUCGGCAGCUGCAGGCCAGCGAAUCAUUUCCCAAAGGCUUGGGACCAAACGCUGACUUUGCCCAUGAGGAUAUAGACGAAGACUCGGAGCUAUGCUCAAAAGCCUGGGCAACUGAGGUCACUAAACCUGGCGCUCAGUAUGCUCCAUGGAGGAAAGUCAUUGAACAAUUCAUGGUUUGCAACAUAACCAAGGCUACUGAUAAACUUAUUGCGGUUUCUGGCAUCGCUCAAGAAAUGCAGUCUCUUCUUGGUGAUACUUACGUGGCUGGCCUAUGGGAGCGAAAGUUGACCUUGGACCUCCUGUGCACCAUCAUGGUCUUGGGCCUCUGUUGA